GGUAUAUAUAUUUAUUGAUUGAUUGUGAGAAUAGUGGACUAUUUUGUCCAUUUCUAGUUCCCUGCUGCUUCAAUUUUUUGAUUGACAAACAGGCGUACGCACACAAGUUAGUGGAAACUGCAUUUACAAACUGGGAAAAUGUGGAAAAAUUUAAUAACGAGAUACCUUUCAUGGAUCACUUAUCACCCUCUCUGGAGCUAGGAUGCAUGAGCAGAUGUAACUUGGGGAAUUUGGUCGAAUGCCAGUCUUUAGAGUUUCAAAAUACUUGCGGAACGACUGAAAGUAACUGGUGGAUAGACAGUGCUGAAUGUUCUACUGACCGGCAAUACGAGUCAGAUCAUGAGAUGUCUCUUGCUAUAACGUCUCCUGGCCAUUCAGGUUGGGGGUAUCUAAAUUCCCCCAACGAUAUCACAUCUGCAGCGCCUAUAUCAGAUCAAUCAGGAGAUUGGGAGGAAUUUAUACAAUUUCUUAGUUCUGAUGAAAUUGAAUUUGAGGAUGAGCUUGGCCAAGCCAACAACGACUCUGUUGCUGAAACAAGUUCCACACAAUUACAACAUGGUGAUCAUUUGCAAAACUUGAAGGAUUCUAAACAUGUUUACACAAAUGCUAAUCAGCAGAGCCAAAUGAACAGUGUCUCAUUGGUUCCAGUGGGCUCGACGUGCAAAGGCAAGUCUAAGAAGGGCUGGAUCAAGAUAUCUAGCAUACUGAAAUGGUUAUCUCUGAAGAGGUUUGUUAAACUUAAAAAGCUCCGUAUGACCAAGAAGCGCAAAUUAAUUUUCCCACAGUGAAACUGAGAACAAAAAAACACUAGCUCGCUCUGUCCUAUUUAGCUGUGGUGGAAAACGAUCAACAGACAACAUGUGAAGCUAGGACGUGGAUGAAUAAUUUUGUGUGUCUUUUAUGAAUAUCUUGACUUCAUGUUUCACGAAGUUGAGAACUUAUUGAAAGUACUUUUGCACCGUUAGACAUGCUUUACAGUUGCACUAUAUAUCGUAUCAGCUUUCGA